GGAGAAUGGUGCCAAUUUUCAUUCACACUUUGUUUGUCAUGUUCUGUUUCCAAAUAUCAAAAGGUUCAAGUUUAGAAGGAAUAAUGGAUUUCAUGGAAGGAUGCGAUAUUUUUUCAUGGGAAUUGAUAAGUAUAUGGAAGUUGUUGAGUUGUGUGCUAUCAGGCUUCUUGCAGCCGUUUCCAUUGAUGUGGAGCUUGCAAUAUCUUGGAGUUGAGGAAGCCAUGUUGCCUAAGGAAAAACGUCAGGUAACAUAUACUAUUUCCGUGCCACGUUGCCUGAGGAAAAACGCCAGGCAACGUGGCUGUACAACCAAGUAAAAUUCGAGCCCAAAUAGGCACCAGAAAUAGAAAUAGCAUGCAUGAGGAUGAGACAAUUUUUUCCAUGGAAGAUUCAACGGCUAUCCGUAGGCAUCUCAGGCUCAGAUGCAACAAACAACAAAAAGAAAGAAAAUGAAGACUACGUCAACCCAAGAGGUGUCUCUUUUAAUAUUCUACCAUGCCUAUUCUUAGCACGUUUUUCUCUCUGCCUCUCCCUCACUCUCUUCCAUGCCAUCGAAAUUCUACCUCCAUUACAAGCUUUCUCUUCCAACACCAAUUCCAGUUUGCAGCUACCUUUGUAAAGGGCGCGCACUCCGGCCCUUUGGUGCGCGUUCCUCCCUGCAACGCCAUGGCCUCCUCCUUACCCCUUCCCACCCUUCCCACCCUCCUCAUCCUCUUCCUCCUCCCACUUUCCUCCUCCGCUGCCUCUGAGGCUGAAACCCUCCUUACCUUCAAAUCCUCCAUUUCCAACAAUACCGCAUUAUCUUCAUGGGACAUCAAGAAUCCUCUAUGCAAGGGGAACUCUGCCAAUUGGGUUGGUGUUGAAUGUUUUCAAAAUUCUGUUUGGGGUCUAAUACUUGAGGGUAAGGGAUUUACUGGCACUCUUGACAUUUCUGCUCUCGCUAACUUGCCAUAUUUGAGAAUUAUAAGCUUAAUGGACAAUGGUUUUACUGGUCCCAUACCGGAAAUAAAGAAAAUUCCUGCAUUGAAGGCGGUGUAUUUGUCUAGGAAUCAUUUAUCUGGAGACAUUCCUGGGGAUGCAUUUACCGGAUUGUUGGGGCUGAAGAAGCUGCAUAUGUCUCAAAAUCAGUUCUCUGGUGGGAUUCCUGUGUCAUUGGCUUCCUUGCCUAAGCUUUUGGAUGUCAGGCUUGAUGGAAACCAUUUUGAAGGUCAGAUUCCGGAAUUUAAGCAGCAGGAUCUUGCAGUAUUAAAUGUCUCCAACAAUGCAUUGUCUGGUCCAAUACCGGCAGGCCUAAGCAGGAUGUCCACCGCCAUGUUUCAAGGGAACAAAGGUCUCUGCGGCCAACCAUUCAAGCCAUGCACUUCAACUACUCCUGAAACCAGUUCAACUACUCCGAAUGCCAGUUCGACCAGUUUGAAUCCCAGUUCAACCAGUCCGAAUGGUACUAGCUCCACCACCAAGACUACCAGCAAACCCUCCACUUUAAUUAUCCUGAGCAUUGUCAUACUCUCUGUGAUGGCAUCAUUAGCCAUUCUUGUCAUCUUGUUAGCCCUUCCCCGCAAGAAACGACAGCCUGAUUCUGUGGAGGCACCUCCAUCAAACGUGCAAAAUAUAUCAGGUAUUAAUGAGGACCGAUCCUCACACAACUCUUCCUCUGGUAAGAAGGCAGAGGUUAAGGUCUCGUUUGUCAGGGAAGACAGAGAGAAGUUUGACUUACGGGACUUGCUCAAGGCCUCGGCUGAGAUACUAGGGAGCGGUUGCUUCGGGGGGUCAUAUAAGGCAGUGUUGACGUCGGUGGGACAGGUGAUAGUGGUGAAGAGGUUUAAGCAAAUGAACAACGUUGGGAAAGAGGAGUUCCAAGAGCACAUGAGGAGGAUAGGGAGGUUGAGCCAUCCUAACUUGAUUCCUCUUGUGGCUUACUAUUAUAGGAAGGAAGAAAAACUCUUGGUCACCGAUUAUGUUCAGAAUGGCAGCUUGGCUGUUCAUCUUCAUGACCACCAGUCUCUGGGGAAACCAGGCCUAGAUUGGCCAACUCGAUUGAAGAUUGUGAAAGGAGUUGCCAAAGGACUUGCAUACCUGUACAAGGAGCUCCCUAGCCUAAUGGCACCACAUGGUCACCUCAAAUCUUCAAAUGUUCUUCUCAAUGAGUCCUCAGAGCCCCUCCUCACCGAUUAUGGACUCAUGCCUGUAAUCAACCAAGAGAGCGCACAACAGCAAAUGGCAGCCUACAAAUCCCCUGAGUACAUCCAAAAGGGUCGUCUCACAAAGAAGGCCGACAUAUGGAGUUUCGGGAUACUAAUCCUAGAGAUCCUCACUGGGAAAGUACCUACCAUCUUCCUGAAGAAUAGUAUAGGGAACGAGGAGGAUUUGGCUGCAUGGGUGAGCUCAAUGGUCGCAGAAGGGCACACUGCAGAGGUGUUUGACAAAGAGAUGGGAGCGGCCAAAAACAACGAAGGAGAAAUGGUGAAGUUGUUGAAGAUAGGAUUGAAUUGUUGCGAAGAUGCAGAGAAGAGGUUGGAAUUGCAAGAGGUUGUGGAAAAGAUCGAAGAGUUAAAGGAGACAGACCCUGAUGACGAUUUCUUCUCUUCCAUUAGUGAUGUGGACAAGAAGUCGUCAAGAGGGUUGUCUGAUGACUUUAAGUUCAGUUGAAAAAGGAGACAGGAAAAAACUGAUCAAACAACCAUAGAAAUUUGGCCGGACUCGGCUCCAGUGUUGUCGGAGGAAAAUUACAGUUGCAGUUGUUACAGACAAGAGAUGAUGGGAUGGAGUUUGGUCGUGAGAAAGAAAAUGUAAAAUUUGGAUUUUAGUCUUUUUUGUGUCAUUUUUUUUUUAUAGCAAUUCGUUAGGAGUUUUCCUUAGAUUCGUACGUCUUUCUCUAUCUCUUGCGUCUCUGAUGGGCAAAAUUUCUUUGAAAGAAACUACAAAAGAUGUGUUAAUGGAUAAUUUAUGGGAUUAACUUUGUUCUUCCUUGAUGCAACUUAAACCUUAAAUUUGUUGGGAAAAUAAUCAGUAGAAACAGUA